AGAAGCUACGAGUCGAGAUUUCACCAGAAUUACAUGACGAGUGGAGCUGGCUGGAGGCUGAAGAAAGCAGAGGCAGAGGCUGAAGGACAAAACCUUUGAAUUUGGAGACAUUCGGAGGGCUCUAAGCUAAACGGGCUAUAUUGGAGAUAAUAAAAGAUCUGAACUUUUAUCACCUGCUGCAUUUGGGAACAGAAUCACCACAUUUUGGCGCCCGAACAGGGACCAACAGGAAAAACAACAUGGCGGCGCCGGUCCCUGGUGUGGGACGCCUGGAGGAAGAGGCUCUGCGGCGGAAAGAGCGGCUCAAGGCGCUUAGAGAAAAGACUGGUCGUAAGAAUAAAGAAGGAGAACCAAAAAGUAAAGUUUUGAAAGAAGAAGGAGGUGAGAAACACAGGGAACUCAAACUGAGGAACUAUGUUCCUGAGGAUGAGCAACUAAAGAAGAGGAAAGUGCCUCAGGCCAAACCAGCCUCAGUGGAAGAGAAGGUCAAAGACCAGCUGGAAGCUGCGAAGCCCGAGCCCAUUAUUGAGGAAGUGGACUUGGCCAACCUUGCUCCCAGAAAGGCAGAUUGGGACUUAAAAAGAGAUGUAGCUAAAAAAUUGGAAAAAUUGGAGAAGAGGACACAGAGAGCUAUUGCUGAGAUAAUCCGAGAAAGACUUAGAGGCCAAGAAGGUGACCUGGAAUAUGCAAAGCCAGAAGACAGUGACUCAGAUUAAAGCAGCUUCUGCUCAGCUCUUGGCCACAAUUCAGCAUGUAGACUGAUCCUUCUAGUCCAGGCACAAAGGCCCACUCUCAGUCUUAGUCCCCAGAGUGACCACCACUACGGUACUUCUUUUAAUGCCCACCUGAGUGCAUCUUGGAGUACAUUUUAGAGCUGUGGCUUGAGUUGGCUAGUUUAUGAUUAUGUGUAAUGCCUCCCAUAUUGAUGGAUUUAUGUGUACUUGUUUCUAGUGAGCCCCUUCACAAACCCACUAAUCUGAUUUGACUUCCUGUUUCCUU